CAUUCUAUGCACAUAUAGUAGGUACCUACCUUCCUGUUCGAGUACCUGAAGAUAGACAUGCAUAGGAAUUAUGAUAUGAAGAAAAUAUUAUUUCUGUUGUGUAUAAUCGGUAAGAUGCGUUUUAGGGAAGCCCAAUCAGAACAAGAAUUUCCAUUUCCCGCCGAUUUCAAGUUUGGGGUUACGACAUCGGCCUUCCAAAUUGAAGGAGGUUGGAAUAUCAGUGGCAAAGGACAGCACAUUUGGGAUACGGUAACACACCAAAAUCUUACAUUCAUAAAAGACAAACAAAAUGGUGAAAAGGCAUGUGAUUCCUAUCAUCUGUGGAAAAAAGACGUAGAAUUACUAAAUAACUUAGGCGUGCAUUUUUAUCGUUUUUCAUUAUCGUGGUCAAGAUUAUUGCCGACUGGUUUUUCAAAUCACAUUAAUCUUGAAGCCGUUCAGUACUAUAACAGCAUAAUAAACGAAUUGCUAAGUUUUGGAAUCGAACCUAUGGUUACGCUUUAUCAUGGAGAUUUACCUCAACCUUUACAAGACAUGGGAGGUUGGCCUAAUCCGUCACUAGUUCCUCAUUAUGAGAACUACGCUAAUGUGGCGUUUAGAUUGUUUGGUGAUCGAGUAAAAACAUGGAUAACAUUUAACGACCCUUAUGAGGUAUGUGUCUCGGGAUAUGGAACUGGUAAUUACGCUCCUGGUAUAGUAUCUCCGGGGAUUUCCGACUAUUUGUGUGGAAAAACGAUUUUAUUAGCCCAUGCCAAAGCUUACAAGUUAUACAAGCAACACUACUAUAAAAAACAAAAGGGUGGCGGUGGCGAAACUGAUAUAAUUAAGAAGUCCAUUGCGCAUGCACUACAAAUACAAACUGUAAUGCUACCUCCACACUCUCGCCGAGGGUACGCGAGACUAUGCGAGAGCGAGAGUAGAAAACGACGAGAGCUAUCGGCGAGAGUGUGGAGGUUCUCGCUGUACCUCGUCUCGCGAAAUGUCUCGCCGAGACAUUCGUCGAGAGCUCUCGGCGAGAGUGUGGAGGUAGCAUAA